AUGCUCUCAGACGGAGGAUGUGACGACGCCUCAAGUUUGCUCUCCUCUCUGUCUGCUGCCAUUGCUCGUUCCUCGACCGGAAGUCUCCCAACGAUGACGGUCUAUCCACAGUCACUGUGUACACCCACCUAUGAAGAUAUUCCGUUCGAAGAACCUAAUCUCGAUAGUAUUGCAAUACGUGCACCCUAUGUUUCUCGACAUGGUACUUGUGAUGAUAUUGGAACUAAUUUCGAUGGUAAAGAGUUCGGCGUCGACGAUUUGAGUGCACUUGAUCUUUCCAAUGAGGAUUUUAAUAGCAUGUUCGAGCAAGUUAUUUCACAAUCACGUCCAUCAGCUGGCCGAGCUGUCCUGGCAACGGUGGAAGGAGAGGGACGGAGUUUGGGAUGCUCUCCUAUUGAUCCCUAUAUGCAACAAUAUAUGAAUAGUCCGAUGGUCAGUGGUGCAUGUCCGCCUGCAUCAUAUCGUUCCAAAAUCUCACCUCCUUUGAAACGAUCAGCUCUCGGUCUAAUGUAUGAGGAUCGAGAUUUGAAGCCGCUGUCAAUGAAUGCCAGCGUCUAUGGCUCGAACAUUUACUGGCAAGGUGACACAGCUUGGUCGCAGAACGAGCAGAGGAUGCUCUAUCAACAAUAUGGUUCUAGCGUAUCACGUCCAGCCUAA